AUGGCUAUGAAGCAUCCCUUCCGAGUUCCCAAAAAGCCUUGCACAAUCGACAUCAUUUCGGAUCCGGUAUGCCCUUGGUGCUUUAUAGCCAAGAAAAAUCUGGACAAAGCUCUAGAGGAGGCUGAUCCCCUCUACGAGUUCGAGCUCCGGUGGCAUCCAUUUCAAUCUGAUGACAUCCCUAAAGAAGGCAUUGAUAAGAAGAAGCAUUCUGAGGAUAAGCAUGGCUCUGCUCAAAUAUCUGAAACUGUGGAAAUGCGCAUAGGAGAUAUUUUAAGAAUGUCCUACGAUGAGAUUGAAUACAAACUUUCUGGUAUCAUGGGAAAUCCUCUAGAUUAUUUCAGGCUUGUACAUUUUGCUGGGGAACAGGAUCAUGAUAUGCAACAUGAUCUUGUGGAUGAGAUAUUGCUUGGGUACUUCACAGAGGAAAAAGACAUUGCAGACAGGGAAUAUCUUGUGGAAUGUGCUGGCAAGAUUGGUGUAGAAGGGGCAGCAGAGUUUCUUGAAGACCCUAACAAUGGCCUCAAUGAGGUCACAGAAGAGCUCAAGAAGUACUCGGGAACGAAACAAGUCCCAUAUUACGUGUUUAAUGGAAAGGUAAACUGCGUCGGUGCUCAGCCGAAGGAGGUGUUCUUGAGAGCUUUCGAAGCAGCCACAAAAUGA